AUGCCAGACAUAGCGACAGUCUGGAUCCGUCGCGAGCGAUUAACGGCUGUGCUCGAGUCGCGAUUAUUGCUCUACCUUCAACGUGUCGGCAACUGUAUCAUCCCCGGCUCGAUCUCGCGGCAAGAGGCUGAUAGGUCCGCCAGAUACAUCGAGACCAUCAAUUAUCGCUAUAGCUACAAUACGUGGUUGUUUCAUCGCUCGACCGAUCUUCUGUUCUUGAGGAAUCACAUAACACCUCAGCGUUUUGCAGCCAUGACUUCGCUCAUGCUCUGGCUUGAAUACUGGAGGCUUCAUGAACCGGACGAAUUGUCAGCGCUGCAGCAGCCUCGCUUCAAAGUUGAAGAAUGGAAUGACCUUUGGAAAGUCGUCGCCGCGAUGCCACGCCUGCGACGUCUUCGCGUCAGCAUCAUCAAAGGUCGGCGUCGCAAUACUCGACUCUGGAUAGCAGAUGAAGGCCUACUUGACCCUUUGUGGACAGUAACGCAGCCAGGAGAAUUCGUCGUGUGGCUCAGCUGGUACUCUGGAAGCAUUGAGAGAUAUGUCGGUGCCCCUUUUCGUCAGGAGGCUCCCAACAUCAACAGCUGA